AUGUGGUGUACCUGUAGAGGACAAGUGGAAAAUGUCAACAUUUUCCACAGCCAUCGAAAGCAGAAAACUACAGAAAAUCGUCUUCGCUUCUUCGCUCAUAUAUUGAGAAAACCAGCAGAUCGUUUGUUCAACGUGUUUGAUGAGUUUGUCGAGCUCAAGUUGAAGAAGGCAUCAGCUCCUAUCGGUUCUCUUCUGGCGAAGCUCCCUUGGUUGAAAAGAAAAUUUGUGACCGAACGACAAAGAGCAAACUACAAAGUCGUUAACGUUAGUCCUUCAUUUUAG